AUGAGGAAGAAGCUGGACACGCGCUUCCCCGCUCCUCGGAUUAAGAAGAUCAUGCAAGCAGAUGAAGAUGUGGGCAAGAUUGCUUUAGCUGUACCUGUUCUAGUGUCCAAAGCAUUGGAGCUAUUUCUGCAAGAUUUAUGUGAUCGGACAUAUGAUAUUACAAUUCGAAAGGGGGUGAAGACUGUGGGUUCUUCCCAUUUGAAACAGUGCAUUCAAACGUACAAUGUCUAUGACUUCUUGACUGAAGUAGUCAGCAAAGUUCCAGACAUUGGUCCUUCUGAUGUUAUUGCUGAUGAUAAGCUUGGCAAAAGGAGGAAAGCUGAAGAAGAUGGAAGGGAGGAGGAAUUAAAGAGGACAAGAAAUGGGACAGAAAGCUAUACAAGCAAUGGCAGAGGCCGUGGGAGGGGCCGUGGGAGAGGCCGCCGUGGACGUGGAGCUUGGCGGGAGGUUGUCACAACUCAUGAACAAUUCGCGGAGAACCAAUCUAGCAAGCUAGCCAGCCUAAAGGUGGAGGUAGCAGAUGAGGCCCCGAAUGCAACUGAAGCAAAAGUGGCUACUACACCAGUGAGCAAUGCCAGGGCUUCCUUAAGGAACAUUGACUUGAAUUUAGAUCCAACUGAUGAAGAGGAUGAGGUUACAGUGCCACCCCAAGCCCAGCUGCCAGCUCCAGCAACUAGUUCCGCCACAGCCACUGCAGGACCUGGACCAUCUGCUGGACCAUCUGUUCCACAGUCAAAGGAAGGAACAAAACUCAAGGACUUUCUUGGUGCUUGGGAACUGCCUGACAUGAACAAGAUGGAGAUGGACCCUGUCCAGUUUGCUUUGUCAACAAACCAUAGAUUGGAGGAGGAUGAGGAUUAUGACAAUGAAGACUAA